GAUGACAAAGAACUGUUGCAGUGGUGGAACACAGUAGAACCAUGGGAUGAGCUGUCAAAGGAUUAUCUGCUUUCAAAAGGCAGAGAGGCCAGAACGUUCACCACGAAAGUGCACAGGAUCCAGAAUUCCCUGCGUGUCUACGCCCUUCUUCUGACCGAGCGUGGUGAGUCCCUUCAGAACCACAUCACCGAACUUAGCAAUCUUGCUAACAACAUUGACAAGGUCUCCAAGAAGCUGAAAAUCGCAGCCAUCACUGGUGCCGGUGGUGCUGUCGGUGGCGUGGCUGCUGUCGCCGCGGUGGCAGGGCUCGUGCUCUCUCCAUUCACCCUGGGGGCGUCCCUCGCGGUGACAGCGGCAGCCGUAGGUGUUGGUGUGGCUGCUACCGGUGCUGCCACCGGAGCUUCGGUUGCCAUCGCCAACAAAGUGACCACAACCCAGGACAGAGAGAAAGUGGAGAAGAUCCUGCAGGACUACACAAGUGAGAUCGGAGACAUUGAGAGCUGCCUGGCCUUCAUCCAGACAGGGAUAGAGCACCUGAGGAGACACAACCUCUCCACCCUGACUGGCGUCGACACCGAAGCUGUGAAAGUGGCCAAGAUCAUGGAGGUGGCCGGGGGAAGCACCAGUGCUUUUGGUGCCCUCAGCAGAUCAUCGGGGAUCAUUGAGGGGUUUGCAACAGGGAUGGAGCUACUUUUCAAUAAAAAAGAUGAGCGGAAAUUGAAGAAAGGCAUGCAGUCCAAAUUUGCCAAAAAGAUACGCAUGGUUGCCAGUCAACUCCAAAGUCAGCUGAAUGAGUGCUUUGAGUAUAAACGCAAACUUGAGUUAAAGGAAUGAGCUUUGUCCUGAUGUCCACUACUGUCCAAUAGGCUACUGUAGGAUAAAUAAAAAGUGUAGACUUUCACUGCACUGUUGCUCAAAUUGACCCCAGCAUAUAAAGUGACUUACACCAGUAAUUACAGAUAUUGAUGUAUUUUAGUUUCUGCAAAGAAUAAUCAAAACUAAUCAGAUUAAGCACUUAACAGAACCAUAAAAAAUAGCACUAAACAACAGUGCUGCUUUUGUCUUGAUGUCAAUAGUGGGUUGCCCAUUAAGUCUAGCUCCUCACAAACCUCAACUGCAGUCUGAUAGGGAAAUAUGAAAUUCUGACUUUAAUCAAGUAUGUAUGUGUGUUAAUCAUUUACCUUUGUUAGCUGAAACAUGACUUUUCUGUUUCUGUA